AUGAACCUCUCCAUCUUUAUGCUGCUUGUUGUUGCUCCAACUCUUCAAGGGAUUCCUACCCUCCGAGGGAAUACCGAUUAUUCCAUCAACGGAACUAGCAACUCGUCUACAAAUAUCUCUGCCGCCGUACCUGCCCAAGCUUCCACACCACCACCCAGCAUCCCCAACCCAGACAGUGGCCUCAACAACCUCAUCUUACUCCUUCUACGCUUGAACGAACAAGCUGUUGUCCUCCAAAAGACCCUUUCUACAUUUGACUUGGAUAAUAACAGUAUCCCUUCUAUACGGGCCCAAACCCAAGCCAUCACCGCCACUGGCGACGCAUCAAUAGCCCAGGCGCUCGCGUUGGAUUACCUGGAUACGCAUGACAGCACUAGGGUCACUCUCAAAACAGUAGCAUUGAAGCCGAUCUUCGGCCACCUAUUGACGAUCAUCAAAGACAAGAAAAUUCUUCUUUGUGAAAUGGAAUACUGCAAGGAGAUGCACGACUGGGUAGGGGUGAUGCGGGUCCGGGCACUUAGCCUGUGUGUAGCUGUCACUGGUAUUGUCAAAAUUCCAGAUGGGCUUUUGAUUGAGUUGGCUUGGGCCAGUGUGGAUCGUCGGUUUCCGGCGAUCUUGGUGGAGUUUCAUAGGCCGUUUUCUUGA